AUGCCUGGUCUCGUUCCCAAUUGGAAUCUUACUCAAAAUUAUAUUCGUAAUGUUGCAAUUGUUUGUGACAAAGAAUAUACGAAAAAUGUUCUUGUUGAAAUGUUAAUAAAAUGUAUUCCAUGGAAUCAGAAACUUAUGUUUUGUGCUAUUGAACAACGUAAUAUAACACCGAUAAUCGAACAAUUUAUAGAAGAGAAGAAAAUUAGUAACUAUGAAAUAUGGACAUAUAUUCAAUUUCAAUUAGACAAAAAUGUAUUUAUGGAAAAAUUGAAAAUACUUUCAACAGCAGUUCCACCAGGAAUUGAAAUUCGACCAUUGAAAUCAGAAGAUGCAUACAUUAUUAUGGAAGUUGGAGGUUACAAAUCAUAUGAUAUGUAUACCAUAGAUCAAAUUCAAUUUUCGAUUAAAAAAUUAUGCACCCUGGGUGCAUAUCUUGAUGGCAAACUAAUUGGUUGGCGACUUUUGCUAUACGAUGGUUCUUUCGACAUGGUAUAUACGCUUCCUGAAGCUCGUCGACUCGGACUCGCAUCUUUGUUAAGUGUUCAAUUAACGACAGAAAUGUUAAAAAUGCAGGAACGUGUUUUUGGGUAUACAGCUUUAAAUAAUCAAAAAUCAGUGGGAUUAGCGGCUAAAAUGGGAUUUUAUGAAACAGGCUUAUAUGAUUGGAUUGUAUUCGAACCGAAUGAUAUUUUCGUCAAAGAAGAUCAACGGCAUCCUCAGAUACUGAAAUCUUCUAUCUAA